UAAACCACUCCUCCUCCCUGAGCCUCAUGGUGGGGCUGGGGGCUGUGGCCAGAGAGGCUAGGGUUGAGUUGGGCAGUGAGGACCUCCCACUCAACCUCAUCGGCUGGGCCGGGCCCUCAGAGAGUAGCCUCACGACCCGCGUGAAGGGUCAUGGCGUUCAGUGGCAGGGACUGAGGCAGGUCUUAGCUGAGUCAGAGGAAAGGCCUAGGAGCUGCUGGCUCUGGCAUCUCGCUGCUUGUGCAGCAAGAGACGGGGCUGGGAUGUCAGAGUUUCCAUGGGAGCAGGCAGAGGCAAGCAAGCAGCUGGAGGAGAAAGUGACGCUGCUGCUGGCCUCCCUGCCAGGUGGGCUGGCUAGGUGUCCCCUCCCUAUCCACCCCGGAGUUACAGCUGGGCCUGGACUACAGCCUCAGCUCCCUUGUGUCCAGCUGUGUGACAUGAACUAGACAUGAUUGAUGGAGGCAGAAAUGGGGACCUGGCCAUCCAGGGCUCUGACCACAUCUCCUUCCCACUCAACAACCUUCUGUGGCUCCCCACUGCCUUCCAAAGAAAUGCAAGCAUGGCAUUUAAGGCUCCUCACUUUGUUGCCCUGGCCUUCUCAGCUCCUACUUGUCCUCUCCAGCCCACGGCACUUCUGGACCUUCCCUGUAUCUGCCAAGCAGCUUCCUAGUGCCUGAAGUUCCUUUUCUUACUCUGCCUUUCAGACUCCUACUCUCCCUUCAGGAUCCACUUCCAGAGUCCCUUCCUACAUGAAGCCUCUGGGGAAACUCAAGGUGGAGGCAAUGUUCCCUGCUUUGUGCUCCCCCAACCCAGAGAUCUUACCCAAUUGUGUGAUGGUCACUUGUCUGAUGCCUCCAGAUAAUUUAGGGCAGGGAAGUGCAUGGGGCUGAGCCAUUUCUGUGCCCCCAAGGCCCAGCCUCGGUUCCCCACAUAGAAGGAGCUUCCUCAGGCAGGAACUGUAGCCUCUAGUAGGGGCCACCCUAGCCCAGGGCGUGGCAGAGAGUAGGGACAUCUCCAGCAUGGAUCCUGGCACACAGAGAAGCUUCCUCAGCCUGGGCCCUAGGGCAGGAGGGACUCCAUCAAGCCAGGGCCAGGCACCCCAUGGGCAUUGCCAAGUGUGCUGGGAACAGAUGAAGGAAGACAGUGAUUGUGGGGCACUCAUCCUGGCUCCCCGAGACGAGGGGCUGAGACUGGGGCCAAUUUCCAGCAGAGGCUCCCGGUAAGAGGCCUGCGGUGGGCACUGGGUGGCUGAGCCAGGGCAGGAGGCUUCCCGGCUCCUGGCAUCUUCCUCACUGUUUCUCUUUCAUCCUCAGGCCUUGCCUUUGCUGGGACCUUCAGAGGCCCCUCUGACCUGAGAGCACGCCCGCGGACGCCAUGCGGGGGGCUCUGACGCCCCUAUCUUCGCUGCUGCCACUGCUGUCGCUGCUGCUGCUGGGGUGCGGACCGCGGGCGGCCACCGGAGGCGGGGCCGGCGGGGCAGCGGGCUACGCGCCCGUGAAGUACGUGCAGCCCAUGCACAAAGGACCCGUGGGGCCGCCCUUCCGCGAGGGCAAGGGCCAGUACCUGGAAAUGCCUCUACCGUUGCUGCCAAUGGACCUGAAAGGCGAGCCUGGUCCACCUGGGAAGCCUGGGCCUCGGGGGCCCCCUGGCCCUCCUGGCUUCCCAGGAAAACCAGGCACUGGAAAGCCAGGGCUACAUGGACAGCCUGGCCCUGCUGGGCCCCCUGGCUUCUCCCGGAUGGGCAAGGCUGGUCCCCCGGGGCUCCCGGGCAAGGCCGGACCACCAGGGCAGCCAGGGCUUCGGGGAGAGCCGGGGAUACGAGGGGACCAGGGUCUCCGGGGCCCCCCAGGACCGCCUGGCCUCCCUGGACCCUCAGGCAUUGCUGUCCCUGGGAAGCCAGGCCCCCAAGGAGUGCCAGGGCCCCCAGGAUUCGGAGGGGAGCCAGGACCCCAGGGGGAGCCUGGGCCCCCAGGUGAUCGAGGCCUCAAGGGGGAUAAUGGAGUAGGCCAGCCAGGGCUACCUGGGGCCCCAGGGCAGGGAGGUGCCCCUGGACCACCUGGCCUCCCUGGUCCAGCUGGCUUGGGCAAACCGGGUUUGGAUGGGCUUCCUGGGGCCCCAGGAGAUAAGGGUGAGUCGGGGCCUCCUGGAGUGCCAGGACCCAGGGGGGAGCCAGGGCCUCUGGGCCCAAAAGGGCCCCCAGGUGUGGAUGGUGUGGGGAUACCAGGGGUGGCAGGGGUACCAGGGCCACAGGGCCCAGCAGGGGCCAAAGGGGAACCAGGAACCCGGGGCCCCCCUGGCCUGAUAGGCCCCACUGGCUAUGGGGUGCCAGGACUGCCAGGCCCUAAGGGGGACAGGGGCCCAGCUGGGGUCCCAGGACUCUUGGGGGAUAGGGGUGAGCCAGGUGAGGAUGGGGAGCCAGGGGAGCAGGGCCCACAAGGCCUUGGGGGCCCCCCGGGACUUCCAGGGUCUGCAGGGCUCCCUGGCAGACGUGGGCCCCCUGGGCCCAAGGGGGAGGCAGGGCCUGGAGGACCCCCAGGAGUGCCUGGUAUUCGGGGUGACCAGGGGCCUAGUGGCCUGGCUGGGAAACCUGGGCUCCCAGGAGAGAGAGGACUUCCUGGGGCCCAUGGACCCCCUGGACCUACUGGGCCCAAAGGUGAGCCUGGUUUCACAGGCCGCCCUGGGGGACCAGGGGUGGCAGGAGCCCUGGGGCAGAAGGGUGACUUGGGGCUUCCUGGGCAGCCCGGCCUGAGGGGCCCCUCAGGAAUCCCAGGUCUCCAGGGCCCAGCAGGUCCUAUUGGGCCCCAGGGACUGCCAGGCCUGAAGGGUGAACCGGGCUUGCCAGGACCCCCUGGAGAGGGGAAAGUGGGGGAACCCGGAGUGGCUGGGCCUACAGGGCCUCCUGGGGUCCCCGGUUCCCCAGGACUCACCGGCCCUCCUGGGCCUCCCGGGCCACCUGGUCCCCCUGGAGCCCCCGGGGCCUUUGAUGAGACUGGCAUCGCCGGCCUGCACCUGCCCAAUGGUGGAGUGGAGGGCGCUGUGCUGGGCAAGGGGGGCAAGCCACAGUUUGGGCUGGGCGAGCUGUCGGCCCACACAACGCCUGCCUUCACUGCUGUGCUCACUUCGCCCUUUCCCGCCUCCGGCAUGCCUGUUAAAUUUGACCGGACUCUCUACAAUGGCCACAGUGGCUACAACCCAGCCACUGGCAUCUUCACCUGCCCUGUGGGCGGGGUCUACUACUUUGCUUACCACGUGCACGUCAAGGGCACCAAUGUGUGGGUGGCCCUGUACAAGAACAACGUGCCAGCAACAUACACCUACGAUGAAUACAAGAAGGGCUACCUGGACCAGGCAUCUGGCGGGGCUGUGCUCCAGCUGCGGCCCAACGACCAGGUCUGGGUGCAGAUGCCAUCGGACCAGGCCAACGGCCUCUACUCCACUGAGUAUAUCCACUCCUCCUUUUCAGGGUUCUUGCUCUGCCCCACAUAACACCACGGGGGCCUUGCCGCCUUGGCCUCCUCCUCUUUAGUGGUAGAGAGACCUUCUCCGUUACAAGAACCUCCAUUUAAAGAAAAAAACCAAAGGCUGAACACACGCGGAAACAGCGGCGGCCGUGGCCUUGGCCCAAGGAGAUGGAUUCGGUUUCUCCCUCCAUGCAGGCUGAGGUGGUUCCUGGAAGAGGCUGGCCUGGGUUCCUCUCCCCCAAGUGUCUGUGCAGUGCUGGGGUUGCACCCCCAUUGCAGGCAGGGCCCCAGGACGCUCAGCUUGGCUGUCGGAGACCCCUGCCUCGUUGGGAGUCCUGGGCUCUGCUGGGCGGUGAAGGAUGCUGCUUCUCGGAGUCAGAGCUGAGAGGGGCCCGUGCCCCCCCAUGCCAUUUUCCCAGGGAGACAUGGGCCCAAGCCCUGCCCUUCCUGCUGGCCUCUGGAUGGCACCUGCUUAAGGAAUGAGGCAUGGCCACCCUCGGAUCUUGGCUGGGGCUCUUCCAGCUCUCCCGGGACCUCCAGCAGAUGACGGUGGGUCCCCUGAAGAAUUUUUGCUUUCGGGGGAAAGCAAAGGGUGGGGGGCAUUGAGGUGGCCAGUGUGGACACCCUGCCAGUGCUGCAACCCCAGGGUGAUGCUGUGGCAUCAGGCCUGUCCAGGGUGUGUGGCCCCUCCUGCAGGCUCCUGGGAAUGGCCAGCCCCCUUUCUGCUCCAGCUGCAGCCACAGGAGCAGUGGUUUGUGACAGGAGGGGCACGGACCUGGGGCAGGAUGGCAGCCCCUCAUGUUCAUCUCCAACUCCCAGCCUGCUCCCACCAACUGGCUCUGCUCAGUGUAAGGGCAGCUGCACAGGCCCUUAGGGACUGCCGCAGCAGGCACGAGGCAGGAGCGACCGUCAGUGAACACAAGUGUCCUCCCUUUCUCUCCUUUCACCUGCUGGCAGAGGGCUGAUGUUUUCAUACAAAAUUGUAAGGUGUCCUUGCCACACUCAGCCUGAGUGUCCCCAAGGCAGAGAGCCUCUUUUUUGGCCCUCAGAACAAGGUACACACAAGCUCUGGGAUGAAGAAGGCUCCCGCCUGCUUCUCCUUAACAAGAACCAUGUGGAGGGUAUGUGUGUCUACCAGAGGGGUUAAUCUGAGGGGGCUUCCUCUCCUUCCACCCUCUGGUUCCAAUUUCCUGUUCUAAGCAGGAUUAGGGCCCAGAAGGCUGAGGCUCUGAGAAAAAGGGUGCCAAUAGGCUCCUUUGGGAUGAGUUGACUCUGGAUGUUUCUGCCAUUUUCCCCAAGCAGAGCCCCCACCUGUAGGAAAUAGGCAGGAUUCCUGACCCUCCCAUCCCCUAGUUCAAGCUCAGUAGAUAAAGCAGAGAUUAGUGCUGGGACAAAGCUGGCCACUUUCCCCGGUGGCUCCAGGCCUGUCCAUUCAGCUCUCCCCAGGACAGCCCAUUUGUCUGUACCAAGUGUGAACCUGGGUCACCCAAUGUGGUCUCACACUGCUCCAGUACUGGCCAACGCCAGACUGUCCAUGCUGAAAAUGGGAGGGUGGUGGCUGACUUCUGGCUCACUGAGCUGCAGUGCCCUGGGCCCCUCGCCAGGCCUCCCUCCCCGACCCACUUCUCCCAACAAAGUAGGCCAUUUGACUGCUUGCUUUGUCUUUCAAAAGAAGGGAAACCCAAAGCUGCCAAGUGACACUUUAAUAGGUUUUGGCUGGGGUUUGUGGUGGAUUUCUUGAUCCCCGAUACCCAAGAGAAGGGAGGAGUCUCAAAACAAGCUUGGUGGGGUCCCUUGCUCACCCUCCUUCCUGAGCCAAAGCCACCACCAUCUGACCAGUCAGGGAGGGGUUCUGAUAGGCAGAAAUUCAUCAGCUCUCGGGGGUGGGGUGGGGGGCAUUGCUCAGGGCCUAAGGAGGGCACUGGGGGAGCCAGAAAAAGCUAUUUCAUAGAGCUGAGCUUCCGCUAAAUGUCAUUCCUGAAGCCUUUGGGGAGGGGUGGCUGAUGUUUCUGAAAUGUCUAUGGGAUUUUAAUUCCAGGUGUCCACUUAACUGACCAGCUUUGAUAAACAAUGCCAAGUUUUAACUAUGAAAACUA